AUGUCCGCUAUCGACGAGACUCCCCUCAGCGCCUCGCCUCACGAGCGUCGCAACUCGCUGGAGAAGCACCUCCAGACUCGCCCAGACAUGCAGGACCUCAAGAACCGCCAUAUCCUGCUGAACACUAGUGUGGCCCCUUCUCUGCAAGCUGCCCAACUGGAGCUUGACCGCCAGCGCGCUUCGGACAACCUAAAGAAGAGCUUGGAGAAGAGACCCGAACGGGACGAGCUGGUGGAGCGCAAUAUUCUCCCCGCGUCCACCGCCGCGCCGGCCCUGCAAGCCAACGCCCGCGAACUCGAGCGCCACAUGCUGGCUGAUAACCUGGAGCACAAGAUUCAGAACCGCCCAGAGCCCGAUGAGCUCAUAACUCAGGGUAUUCUGACGGAAGACGAGGACCCGCGCUCCGCGUGA